GAAUCUUUUCACGCCGUCGGCCAUUUUAGUACACUUUUCGUCGUGUUUUGACUAGGUGGAAGCUCUUCAUAUCGCCAUUUAUGUACUUAAAGGUUGAAAUUUCUCAAACAUGUGAAGUUCCCAAGAUGAUCAAGUCACUGAAAACUUUAAAAACAUUUUAGUUGCCAAGCUGGUUUAUCUAAGGAGCUGGUCUGGCAUGAAUGAACCAGCGAAUGCUUACUCUGACUGAUGUUCAAAUUAAACAAAGUGAAAAAAGCCAUUAGCCUGAAAAAUCACAGCGAUGGACCAGACUUGCACACAACUGAAGCAACAAUUCACAGACCUGGAAAACAAAGAGAUCUGAUCCUUACAAAUAUCCUAGAGGAGGGAAGUUCUGUUGAUGAACCACGAAGCUUUGAAAAAGACGAACAGUAUUUAGAUGAAUGUCUAAAAGUACUUAAUGGCAGUCCUGAAGAAUUGCAGGUGGAGGAAUGUGAUUUGGAGGAAUAUGAUUUUGAUGACUACAAUUCAGUUGCCAGCACAGCAUCACUACUUAACAUUCACGCUGAAUUAGCUCGAGAGGAAAACAAUGCCACCACAAGGAAUCAUAACCAGCCAUCCCAUGCUUUUUCAGCCAAUCAGAGUUCAGCAUCCAAGGCACUUCAACCUGGGGGCACAGCAACUAAAGAUACUGCUGUCAAUGGCACUGAUGUAGUUAACAGUAGUUCCCCUUCUCAGCUGAGAGAACAGUUACUUAGAUCUGCUAGAAUUUCUAAAGUGCAAGCAUCUAUUUCAAAGGUGAAUAAUUGGGGUAAAUAUGGUGUGUUCAACACAGAUGAAUGGAAAGAACAUCUCCUUGAAGCCGCACAAGCUGGGGAUUUGAGAGGCAUGCAAGAGGCUUAUAGCAAGCUUGGAGGAACUAGUGAAAUAGUAAUCAGAGUUACAGAUUCAUGUGCAAACACAGCUGUACACAAAGCAGCACAGGCUGGUAAUAUUGCUUGCCUUCAGUGGCUUGUAGGAGAGCUUCCAAAUGACUGUGUGAGGAAUAUUACAAACCAAGAUUACCACACACCUCUGGCUAUAGCAUUGAAGCAUGGAAGUGUUCAAUGUGCACAGUGGUUGCUGGAAAACACUUCCUCUGCUGAUGAAAUGUCUAGUAAUCCUGGCAGAUUAGCACUGAUCCAACUGACAAUUCAAAGUGGACAGGAUGAGUGUCUGAAGUACCUGUUGUCUUACAUAAGUGGCAAAUAUUUAGAGCUUGAUGUGGCUGAUUCAUCCGGUGUCACACUUGCCCACGUCGCUGCUAGGGAGGGUCACAUGACUUGUCUUCAGACCCUUGUGGAUCACAAUAUUGAUGUCACCACUGCCGAUAAAGAUGGGCGCUCUCCUGCUGAUUACGCUUACGCAGCCGGUCAGACCGGUUGUGCCCGUUACUUGGUAAUGGAAGAAUCGUGUUGGUUACUUUCCCAAAGGGUGGCGAAGUUACACAAAGAACUCAAAGAUUGCAAAGAGGAGAACAAAGACCUCAAAAAGAGGCUGGAAGUUCUUGAAAGUCGUGCAAGAUCUGGUAUGCCUGACAGACCAGAGGCUGUAGGAGGAGAUCAGAGCGAUACAAGUAGCACUGGAGCUACGAAACCAAUGGACGAUGAGAUGGCUGCUAAAUCACAAGAUAGCCCACACAGUGAGAGAAGUCGGACUAAUGGUACACCAGAUGGAGAAAGUCCUAAGGGAUUUGGGCAUGACAGAACUGCAUAUCGCUAUCACGUCAACGGAUCAGAUCAAAGCCCUGAACAAUGGCAUCAGCAGCAAAAGCGUAAUACUGAUGGUGCGACAGUCAUGAACAAAGAGGCUAAAGUGAAGAGCGCUCGUCAGUUUGAAGAGUUAAAAAAUCUUAGAAAAACGAGUGCAAGGGGAAGCAUAGACUCCAGAGGUUCGGGUGUCUCUUCACCAACGUCUAGGUCCGAGACAGUGACAGAUACCUCGGCCAUGCAGUAUGUAAUGGCGAAACAAAUUGCGGCUAACACUCGCAGACUUGUUGUGUCGAAACAUGCUCAAAAGGUGGAGGAAUCAUCGCUGAUCGUGACCAAAUUGACACCUGACAGAGUUGGUGGCUUGUCUUUGGAGCAGCCGAGCAUAAAAGGUUCUAGUCUACAAGUCCUACCAACCGACAAUUAUUAUUCCCCGUCGUCAUCUCGAUCCCAUUCUCCUGCUCGGACAGACUCGACAUCUGGAAGCCGACCAAACUCUGGCACAUAUACUGCGAAAGAAAAGAGUGACGUACAAAUAAGAGCUGUUCAAGACGGGAAAAAAUCUACAAGUGAAACAGUUAGAGUGGGCACACCUUCAAGGUUACGAUCAAUCCCAAAUAGACGUAAAUCUCCUUCGUUUAGUUCUGAGAGCACAGUUACAAGCUCGGACAGUGAUGCUGAACGUAAUGGAGAGCGUAACAACGGACUACGGUCUCGAAGGGGGUACCCCCUGUCGAGUCGAUCGAAAGAGCACAGCAAGAAUUUAACGAAUUCAAGGCAAAUUUUGCAUAGACAAUCCUCCGAGGUUGGGAGCGCAGAGACGAAAACUGUUUCGUGGAAUGAAUCACCGAAUGAGUUCAGUGUAUCUAAUAUGAAGACAGACAUGUCUAAUGAGAAAUCCCGCGAACCGCCUAAACCGCCGGCGCGGACAGGCAGGAUUCCUUUGCUUGGUACUGGUACGAGUGGGUAUGGUCGAGUGAGUCGAAGUCCUUUGUCUAGGAACGGAGUCAUGAAAAGUGUGGAGCAUGUUUCUAUUCCGUCUGUAGUUAUUCAACAACCUGUCCAAUCUGUCCCGGAAAACCUUGGAAAUGAAACGUUACCCUAUUCGUUUGAUGGAUAUCAACAGGACGACAGACCAUGGUACGAAACAGACGACUUUGAAUGAAGCAUCGCCGACAGAGACGCCCGGUAACUUGCAGAAUGAGUUAAUCUUAUUUAAGUAACUCUCCUUUCCUGUUAAAAAAAACACUAAGCAAUAAGAUUUGUAUCUGUAAAAGAAGGAUAAGUGGAACCUUCUUGUAAUUUCGAGACAAUAAUUUUAUGGCUUGUAAAUAUUACAAUCAUAUUAACUUAUUUCAAGAGUUCUAAAUUUUUU